AUGACAAUAGGCGCAGCACUCCCAACUUCCGGUGUUGCGCUUAACCGGGUGCUGGCCCUCGGCUUGACGCUGGUCGUCAUCUUAGGCAUCGCCGUCAAUCAGCUUCAACUGAGCGAUGAUCCAUAUCGCUGUAAGGCUCUGCUUAAUGAUGGAACCUGGUUGAAUACUCCUGCAGAGAAUGGAAGCAGAGCGCCUUUCACAAACUGGCAGCCUCCCGGAUGUAUGAUUCACAAGUACAAGAAGGAGGAGAUUGAGGAGUGCAUGGAGGGUCGACACAUGCUUUUUGUCGGUGACUCUACGACUCGACAGGUCUUUUAUGGCAUGGCCCGUCUGCUCGACGCAGAAAAGGCCGAGGAAGUACGAGCAAACAGCAAGAAGCACGAAAGCCACGAUGUAGAAUUCGGCGGCAUUCGACUCAAGGAGAUCUGGGAUCCAUUUGGCAACGACAGCGCCAUCGCCCGCAAUGAACUCACCCUCUACCACGAAGAGAGGAUCAACGAGGUCCCCGUCAACAAGCAAAAAGGCCCCGCCCUGGCCUUCAUGGGAAUGGGAGUUUGGUUCGCCGCCCGCUUUGAGAAGGAGGAGUCUAUUCCCAUGUUCAAGGCCGCCUUCAACAACAUGUCCGAGCUCGCUUCCAACAUGGACUUUGAGCCUUUCGGUAACCGACCCAUGGACCCUCGCGAUGGAAUUGGCAACGAAGUGUUCUGGGCACCGAUUGCCCCGCCCUUCUACGACAUGCUCCCCGAUUACCGCAAGACUGGUGUCGCCUCGCAACCUGGUGAGGUCGAAGAGAUUGAUGAGUUCCUCAAGACACAGGAGCAAGAGUCUGGCAUUCCCAUGCUGUGGUCUUUCCCCGCUUUGUCGUAUGACCAGCAGGAUGCUAUCGGCGACCACGAGAAUGGCUUCCAUGUCACCGACAGUGUUGCUGAGAUGAAGGCCCAGAUCCUUCUCAACCUUCGAUGCAAUGCCAAGCUCGACAUCCAGAAGUCUUAUCCUUAUGACCGCACUUGCUGCACUGACUAUGGCCAGAAGUCUUUCGUCCAGAUUAUACUCGUCACACUUGGUAUUCUCUACGUCGGCGGUACUGCCAUCACCGAGAUUCUUGCUCUUCGAUCUGGCGAGGCUCCCAAGUGGGCCAUCUUCAACCUCGAUGUCGCUACCUUCGUUACUGGUCUCCUUGCGUGCUACUGGGCCGAUCGAACACAGUCUUUCGCCAAGGGUUCUAAGGAGUACAGCAUGUUCGACUUUAACCUCAUGUCCGCUCUCUGCUUCAUCGUCGGCUUUGCCUUCAUGACCAAGUCCAAGCCUCCCCCUCCUCGACCCGGCGCCGCCCCUACUGCCUCCCCCGCGACUCUCGACGACGCGAAGCCUUUGUCCCGUGACCAGACCGAUGAGUGGAAGGGAUGGAUGCAGGCUCUUAUCCUCGUGUAUCACUGGACAGGUGCUUCGCGCGACCUCAACAUCUACGUCGGUAUCCGUCUCCUCGUUGCCGCCUAUCUCUUCCAGACUGGUUUCGGUCAUGGUGUUUUCUUCAGCUCCAAGAAGGACUUCUCCUUCAAGCGUGUCGCCGCCGUUCUUCUCCGUCUUAACCUCCUCAGCUGCGCGUUGCCCUUCUUCAUGAAUACCGACUACAUGUUCUACUACUUCGCUCCCCUCGUCAGCUUCUGGUUCCUCAUUAUUUACGCCCUUUUCGCAAUUGGCCAGAAAUACAACGACAACACCUGGGCGCUCAUGGGCAAGAUUGCGGUUUCUGCAGCCAUCUGCCCCGGAGCUAUGCUAUACACACCCGUCCUGCAGUGGGUUUUCGAUGCUUUGAACUUGGUCUUCCGAAUUGAGUGGGACCUUCACGAGUGGCAGUUCCGUCUCGGUCUUGAUGGUCUCAUUGUCUACGUCGGUAUCAUCAUGGGUGUCGCUUCCGUCCGAACCAAGUUGUACAACAAGAUCCUCACCCAGUCUUAUGGCCUGGCUGGUGUCGCUGGUAUUCUCUCCAUUCCCCUGUACUGGUGGAUUGCUGUCAGCAGCGCCGAGAGUAAGCAGGACUACACUGCCCUUCACCCCGUCUUCUCUUUCAUCCCCAUCAUGGGCUUCAUCGCUGCUCGCAACAUGUUCCCCGCCGCUCGUACAUGGUACUCUCGCACUUUCGCCUGGAUUGGCCGAUGCUCCCUCGAGACCUUUACUCUUCAGUUCCACAUCCUUCUCGCUGCCGAUACCAAGGGUCUUCUCCUGCUUGACACCUUCAAGGGUGACGGUAGCCUCCUCUGCGACCGCUGGAGGUCUCUGAUCAUCAUCGUUCCUGUUUUCUUGUGGAUAAGCUCCCGCGUUGCCGACGCUACUGGUGGAAUGGUCAAGCUUCUGACCAAGGACUGGGCUGCCCAGGAGCAAGAGGAGCAAUACGACGUGGAGGCCAAGGCUGACGCGGAGCCUCUCAUGAGUGGAAACAUGCUCUCUGGCUUUACGAGACACAUGCCCUCAAAGUCCUCGUGGGCCAACAACCUCAAGCUCCGCAUGCUUGGUCUCCUCGUCCUCCUCUGGACAUUCAAUCUGUUCUACUAG